CCAACUCUCCUGAGGCAUCACAGAAACAUUCAACACAUUGGUUGAUGAUUUCUGCUUGCUUCAAAGAGGCUUCAGCAAAAAGGACAAGAUCGUCCGCAAAGAAAAGGUGAGACAAAGGGGGUCCUCCAGGGGAAAGUCUAAUCGGAAUCCAUCUUUUACCAUCAACAGCCUCAGAAAUACAGUGACCUAAUCUUUCUACACAAAGCGUAAAGAGAUAGGGUGAAAGAGGGCAUCCCUGUCUAAGGUAAAACAAAACCCGCUUAAAUAAAAAACAAAAAUGGUUGCCGUGACUUAUAGGCUGUCGAAUCGUCCUUCGUACCGACUUUCUGACACGUAUCGUCUUCGUCAAACGUCAGCUUUUGCUGAUAAUCUGACUCGACUCCAAAGUCCAAAUCAUCACGAGGUAAAUAAUUCUCCUACUACUAGAAGCCUUCACCUGGUGUUCAUUUACUACAAACCAAACAAGCAAAAAAAAACAACCUCCAAUGGCUCCUUCUUCCUCUUCUGCAGAUUCAGUGAUCAACUCGAGCUUCACAGUGAAGAACUGGGUCGCCCACGUCAAUGGCAGCCUCGACCAAGACCUCGAAAGCGUCACAGAACACUCCUUCAGCAUUUUCCAAGUCCCAGACAACCUCAGAUCCCAAAACCCAGAAGCCUACGCUCCCCAGCUGAUCGCCAUAGGCCCUCUCCACCAUUUCAAGCCAGAGCUCUACCCAAUGCAGACGUUCAAGCUCGCGGCGGCGAAACGGGCACACAGCUCCCUCCAUCUCCCCUCAUUCCCGGAGUUCGUCCGGUGCCUGUCCACAUUACUGCCCGCAAUCCGCUGCUCUUACGACAAGCACCUGGAAAUCUCCGACGAAGCCCUGGCCUGGAUCGUGGCGAUUGACGGGUUGUUCCUGCUCGACUAUCUCCACAAUUAUGGGGAGCUCCGUCACAGUUCCCGGCGUCACUUCCUUGACUCUUCAGAGAGAAAGGUCAACGGAGAUAGCGUAGUGAAAGAUGUCCUGAUGCUGGAGAACCAAAUCCCUCUUUCCCUGCUCAUGGAGGUAGAAACCAAGUACGCCGAUUCCUCCAUCUCCGAGCCUUUAACUGUGCUGUUAUUUGCCUUCUGUUGCAAGCUGUCGCCUUUCGACCUGCACGAGACAUACCCGGAUGUCGGCCUUAUCGAGCCGCGGCACUUGCUGGACGUUAUGUACCAGUUGAUUUGGCUGAAAGACAAACCUCUGGAUGAACGGGCGAGAAUGGGGAGGACAACAAAGGCUGCAAUGAGAAUAGCAGAGGAGUUUGUCGCCGAUCUCUGGGACGAAGCGAAAGAUGCCAACAUCGGUCUGAUUCAGUCUGUGGCGGCGCCAGUGGAUCGUGUCGUCCGCUUGUCGAAAGCUCUGGGGAUCUCCGAACGGCUGAGGAAGGCGAUUGGAGAGGACGAGGAAGAGGUUCUGCUCCCCACGGCUUCCCAGUUGAGAAGCGUCGGCUUACAGUUUGGCUGUACUAGAGAUGGCAUCCGAAGCCUCCGUUACGACACCAAUUUGAAAAUGCUGUGGCUUCCGGCGUUCACCUGGAACCCCAACUGCGAGGUGCUGAUCAGAAACCUUGCGGCUUACGAGUUGAUGGCGAAGUCGGAGAAUCUGAUUGUGAACCGGUGGGUUCAGCUGAUGAGUUGUUUGGUCAGGAGUGCAGCCGACGUGAUGAUUCUGAAGGAAGAGAGAAUCAUUGUACUUCCGACGGAUACUGAGGAUGGGAAGAUUGUGGAGCUAUUUGUUGGGAUGGCGGGGAGUGGUGAUCCAGAAGACAAGACGGGUUUUGAUGAUCACGUAAAGGUAGUGAAUGAGCACUACAACAGCCAUAGGAAGAUCAAGAUGUCGAAGGUGGUGAAGAAGUAUCUGAAGGUUUCGUGGGAUGUUGCUAAGGUGAUGGCUGCUGUGUUGCUGUUGGUGAUGUUAGGUGUUCAGACAUUCUGCGACGUGUACAAGUGCCGUUGAAGCUUGGUGAGGUUAUCGGCUGGGCAGAGUGUUUAUGGGGUUGAUUUUUAGCGUUGUAACUUGUAAGACGAUCCAUCUGCAAAACAAUGUCAAGAAAAAGACUGUAAUGUU